AUAAAUGGACCGCCACUACCUUACCAAAGCCGAGAAAGGAAGGCACCAACAUCAAGAGGCUCACGGCUGCUUAAUGUUUCCUCCUCAGCUAGGGUUAGGCUGAAGCAUCCUCGACAAGGCAUAUCUCAAAGACACAUGCCUACGCGGCGAGACCACUAUGGCGGUGAAAAUUUCCCAGGUGUCCUUCGAGCACCAUCGGAUUGCCUUAGGCAUCGGCGAGGCGGAACCGCGGAUCUCGUGGCGAUUCGACGGCGAUGUCGCUAACUGGACGCAGAGCGGAUAUACUGUCGAAGUAUUCCGGUACGGACAGGCCGAGCCGCAGCUCUUCCACGCGAACUCCUCCGACUCCGUCCUGGUGCCGUGGCCCACCGUGUCCUUUGCGUCGGCGGAGUCGGCGCAGGUCAGAGUGAGAGCCUACGGCGAAGGCGACCUGCCCGACACCCCCUGGUCCGAAGCCGUGACCGUCGAAACUGGGCUCUUGGCCGAAGACGCCUGGUCGGGCGCGCAGAUGAUAGCCGCGGAUAAGCCGACCGAGGUGAACCUCCCCCACCAGCCAGUGCUCUUCCGCAAGGGGUUUUCCGCGGCCGGCGACAUCGAAAAGGCCAGGCUGUACAUCACCGCCUACGGCGUAUACGAGGCGUAUAUCAACGGCGGGAGGGUCGGCACCGCCGUGCUCGCUCCCGGCUGGCAGUCGUACAAGUAUCGGCAUGUUUACGAUACGUACGAUGUCACCGACCUGCUUCGGGCAGGGGAUAACGCCAUCGGGAUCCAAGUCGGCGAAGGCUGGUACUCCGGGCGUCUCGGGUACGGAGGGGGCACCCGCAAUCUCUGGGGCGACACCCUGGGGGCCAUAGCACUGCUGGUCAUCACCUCCCCGGACGGGACCAAAGAAAUCAUUCGUACGGACGAUACCUGGAGCUCGGGCACGGGGCCGAUAAUUACUUCGGAGCUUUACGACGGCGAGGUUUACGACUCUAGGCUGGAGCAAGCCGGGUGGUCGACUCCAGGGUUCCAAGCCCCAGACACAGCUCAAUGGGUCGGCGUCAAGACACUAGACGCCCCUCACGGGCAAUUGGUGGCCCCAGAUGGGCCCCCGAUCAGCCGAAUUGAGGAAAUCAAACUGCAACAGAUCCUCACGAGCCCUACUGGCAAGACAAUUCUAGACUUCGGGCAAAACUUGGUAGGGUGGCUCCGCCUGCGCGUCGCGGGCCCGGAGGGGAGUACAAUCAAGUUGGUACACACCGAAGUGCUUGAAAACGGAGAGGUCGCGACUCGCCCCUUAAGAUACGCGGCCCAGACCGACCAUUUUACGCUCUCCGGAAAGGGUGUCCAAGUUUGGGAGCCGACUUUCACCUAUCACGGGUUCAGAUACGUCAUGGUAGAAGGCUGGCCUGCUGACGACACUCUCCUAGACGAGAGCUCGGUCACCGCUGUCGUCGUUCACUCGGACAUGGAGGCGACGGGGUCCUUCAAGUCCUCGAACGAACUCAUUAACAAGCUGCACAGCAACGUGCUCUGGAGCAUGAAAGGCAACUUCAUGAGCAUCCCGACAGACUGCCCGCAGAGAGAUGAGAGACUCGGAUGGACUGGCGACGCCCAUGCGUUUGCGCCAACUGCCAACUUCUUGUACGACGCCACGGGCUUUUGGCGAGGCUGGUUAAAGGACGUGCAAUUCGAGCAGGUAGAUGGCGCGCCUCCGGUGGUUGUGCCAGCCGUGCCGUCUUCAGGGGCGGCGAUGCCGACGGCGAUUUGGGGCGACGCCGUCGUCGCAAAUCCGUGGAAUACGUAUCUCGCCUCCGGAGACCUAGACGCGCUGCGCGAGCAGUACACUGGGGCAAAGGCCUGGCUGGAUCACGGGGUUCCGAGGAACGCGGCCGGUCUCUGGAACCGCUCCAAUUUCCAGUUUGGCGACUGGCUCGAUCCCCUUGCCCCUCCUGACAACGCGGGGCAGGCAACAACGAAUUCGUCCUACGUCGCCGAUGCGUAUCUCGUCUACGUGACCGGGCUGGUCGCCCAGAUGGCCUCGGAGCUUGGUUUCGAGGAUGACAGGGUUCGAUACGAAGAGUGGGCGUCGGAGCUGAAAACUGCCUUCCGAGAGGCCUGGGUCAACCCGGACGGUACCGUCUUUAACGAGACGCAGACGGGGUUGGCAUUGCCCCUAUACUUCGACUUAUUCGACGGAGAGGACGAGGCCGAAGCAGCUGCGAGUCGGCUGCAGAAAAUCAUCGUUGACAACGACCACCUCGUCGGAACGGGAUUCGCCGGAACCCAUCUGCUCGGGCUCGCCCUGACUAAACACAACCUGACCGACACGUUCUACAAGAUGCUCCUCCAGACGACGGUUCCUUCCUGGCUCUACCAGAUCGAGAUGGGCGCGACUACGACCUGGGAGCGGUGGGACAGCCUCCUCCCGGACGGCUCGCUCAACCCCGGGGAGAUGACGUCGUUCAACCACUACGCCGUUGGCUCGGUAGCGAACUGGAUCUAUCGAGUCGUGGGGGGGUUGGCGCCGGCCGAGCCAGGAUGGAAGACGGUCAAGGUGAACGUGAUACCCGGGGGCAACUUCACGUGGGCGAAGGCGAGCUACGUGAGCCCCUACGGCAGGAUCUCAACGGAGUGGGAGGUCAACGACGCCGGGUUCCACCUGCGCUUGGAGGUGCCGCCGAAUACGAGGGCCGACGUGACGCUGCCCGGAAGCGGCGGGACGGCGCAGCGUGUUGUUGGGAGUGGGACACACGAGUUUUCUGUGCCCGGGUUUCAGGCCUAGGUUAGUGAGCAAGGGUGAAUAAAAUAAACACGGACAAAAUGAUGUAGGAUUAUAGCCGAUCUAAAUGGUUCACGUUUAAUGAGCGUGCGUGACGAUGCCUGUGAUGACGUGUAGAUAUAUCGCUACACGUGUUCAUAGAGAUUACCAUUCAGUCCUUUCACACUGCUAGUAAGAGAGGUAACCCGUGGGGAAACGAACGAUCGUGAAUAACGAAGGGAGGACAAGCUGAUAGAGUGUCCACGUAAUAGACGAUAUCUCAGUCUU